GGUCAAGACAAUCCUGGGCAUGCAGACGGUGAAGACUCGCCGGUGGUGUCCUUGAAAGGCAGGUGGUCAAUGCCCGUCAAUAUUCUCCGACAUCUCGCCCGCGCCCAACCAUGGCGGCCAGUUUUAGCCGGUCGCCCCAACUUUGGUGGGCGCCGUGCUACCGUUACACUUCACUCCUGUUCCAAGUAUCCUACGAGCUGGGCGCAGAAUGGGGAAACGGAAUCGCGCCUGCGAGGAGUGUCAUCGCCUUAAGAUCAAAUGUGAUGUAAGCACCUCACUCCAUGGCGCAUGCGAAAGAUGUACGCGUAGCAACCUGGAUUGUGUUCCUGCGGCACCACGACUCCAGCGCGACCGCAUCAAUCAGCUCGAAGCCGAAGUCCAAGAACUCAGGAAUGCUUUAUUAGAUCAGAGUAGCGAUACGACACCAAGUCGCUCACCUGGCAGCCUAUUGGAGGAUCACAGUCCAGCCAUUUUCUCCUUCUUGGACAGACGCAUCCCGCUUCGCAAGCAAAGGGACUUGCUAUGUUUCUUCAGGGCUCACGUAUCUGUCGCAUGGCCCGUCAUUCGUCUGAGCAUGGAUCUGAAUCAGAUUCGCGUAAGAUCGCCAAUCCUUCUGCUUUCUAUCUUGGUCUAUUCUACUACCCAAGAAAUGCAAGGCACUGAACUAGAGAACCACGAUGAGCUGGUACGAGAUACGAUACGCAUACUUGGCGAAGAGGUGAUAGGCAGGGGUCAAAGAUCACUUGAGCUUGUUCAGGCGUUGCUCGUGGCUGCUUUCUGGAACAAGUCCACACGAAAGGGACAGCAAGGCAGUGCCUACCAGAUUGUGCAGCUAGCUGUUGACAUGGCAAUUGAUCUUGGUAUCGCUGGCUUCUCACUGCAACCCUCUCCUGCAGCAUACUUUAGCCGACUUGAGGACACGACGUCACUCGAAGCUCGGCGUACCUGGCUUGCUUGUUAUGUUGCGCUUUCGACUUCUUCCGUCAGUAUGCGACGACCCAACACAGUUCCGUGGAAUGGCCAUCACGAAGAAUGCCUCUUGUGUCUUGAGAGUGUUUGCGACACAUCUGAUAUCUUCUUCUGUCAAAUCGUGCGCGUCACAAAGCUAAUACAGGAGAUAUUCACCCAGUUGCAUCUAUAUCACCUGGACACCUUUGUAGAUGGCAAUGACUACAGCACACACCUCACCAUCGAGACUUUGAAGAACAAGGUUGAUGCGUGGACGGCAAAAUUACCCCCUCAGUUCACGGCCUCUCGGACGCUCAAGUUCUGGCGACAUGUAGCCAUGGUACAUGUCUAUGAAGUUCUACUCCAUACUCGUACGAACAAGUCCUCAUUCGCAGCACCUUUUAUUCCAGGUCGCAUUCCAGUCAAAGACUUUCCGAUGCCAGCAAACAUGAUCCCACCCCUUUCAAGAGCUCUCGGAGCACUCGUCUAUCAUUGCCAGGCCGUCGUGGAAACCGUCUCGGACAUGGAACCUGGCCUCGUACUCAGCCUUCCCACAUUCUGCUUUGCGCCCAUGGUGAUAUAUUCUCUAUAUGUUCUUGUCACUGCUUUGGCUGCUUCAACGAGCCCAGCAAACACCUACGGUCAACAUCUGGCGAGAACUAGCUUCAAAGUUGAGCAGUGCGCACUAAAGCUACGACGUUUGACGACCAGUAUGCAGAUUCUUGAUCCUACUAUGAGUUCUUGGACCACAAGGUUCUUUGAUGCGACAGGAUGGCUGGAAGAGUGGUAUAAUGAUUACGCUACCAUUCUCCAGAGGUAUGAAGCCCAUAUGACUCUACAGUGAGGCGAGUACUGGAUACAAGUAUCAAGGCUUCCGUAAGCAAUUUUUCAACCUCCAAUGCCCCUUGGUGCCAUCUCUGAAGCUAGUGGAUUUGUAUUACGACUCUAGCUGAAGAGGUUGUCUGCAGCAGUGAUCGCGGAUUUUCUUGCUUCGGCAGUCAUGCUCUUGGUGAUACUUUCUCUUGGUUUGAAUUUACGACACUGGAGGUCUGCUAUCUGUCAGUUGUGUAUCAAAAGGCUAGAGGGUCUGGAGAUAUGAUGAACCUCCCACGAUACCGUUCUUAUCAUCCUCGUGGAAUAAUGUUCUAGUACAGUCGGAUGUCGCCGUCAGUUGGAUAC